AUGAUACUGGCCGUGCUCUUCGCCAACUCCGACGGGAACAUCCUCAUCGAGCGAUUCCAUGGGGUUCCCGCGGAGGAGAGGCUCCACUGGCGCUCCUUCCUGGUGAAGCUCGGAUCCGAGAACCUCAAGGGAUCCAAGAACGAGGAGCUCCACGUUGCCUCCCACAAGUCCGUGUCUAUUGUUUAUACCACGAUCGGGGACGUCUGCCUGUACAUUGUUGGCAAGGAUGAAUAUGAUGAGCUUGCUUUGGCCGAGGUGAUUUUUGCAAUUACAUCAGCAGUCAAGGAUGUUUGUGGAAAACCUCCUACUGAGCGCCUCUUCCUUGACAAAUACGGGAGGAUCUGCUUGUGCCUCGAUGAGAUUGUUUGGCAGGGUUUGCUCGAAAACACGGAGAAAGACAGAGUGCGGAGGUUGAUUAGACUAAAGCCCCCUGUUGAGCCAUGA